GAAUGGGACCACAAAUCAGAAGUAAGAAAAACUUUGCCUUCUUUCGGAUCAUCCCACUCCGGAGACACCUCUUCAUCCAAAGGGAAUAAACCCAAGCAGAGGAAGUAGCAGGUGUAAGAAAAAAACCCAAAUGGGAUAAAGUAAUUGCUGUUUUUUCCUCUUUUGCCAAAUAGGCAUGUGGCCUAUUUCAAAUUAGUCUAAAAGAACAGAGCCACAGGCCUUUUAAAAGUAUUUAUGACAUGCUUUAAACGGAGCUGAGGAGAUCCUGUCAACACAGGCUGCAUCCCAGAAGAAAGCAGCGGAAACCUUUUGUUAGGGAGCCUGUGAUUUGUGAAGGUGCGUCUCUGGGGUGUAUGGAGCUGGAAGGUACCGGAGCAGCCGCACAGCUUCACCGGUGUCCAUCCGAGUCAACAUGGCAAAGUGGUUCAAGGAGUUCCCCAUGAAUCUGAAGAACGGUACCGACAGGAUCCGCUCAGCCUCCGAAUCUGGCUCGCAACCGAGAUCCAACAAGGCCGGGCUGGCGUCCAAAACACCGGCCUCCAAAACGGGCCAGCGCAAGAACUCCUCCACCGACACCGGCGGCGGAGGGGGAGGAGGAGGAGGAGUUGGGUCGCUCCUGUCCGGCAGGAACCGAAAGAACUCGGCCGCAGAGUUGGGCAAAGUGAGUUCCGUGAAAGAUGGGAAAGUGUGGGACAACCUCCUGUCCGGGAAAAGUCGUAAGAACUCCAAAGCGGAGCCGGUGUUCGAGGAGCAGCACCGACCCGUGAAGAGUUCUCCGUCCGCCAACGCCUACAUCAGCCGGCUGAUCAGGGUGGACAAGCAGGACAAGAGCCCCAACUUCAACAGCGGUACCAUCACCGGCCCAGUGGUACCUGAAGCUGAGAAGCAGUGCAAAACAGAAACGGUGAUCAUUCUUGAGGACUACGCAGAUCCGUUCGAUGCUCAGAAGACCAGAGAGCAAAGGGAGGCGGAGAGGGUCGGGGAGAACGAUGGCUACAUGGAGCCUUACGACGCUCAGCAGAUGAUCACAGAGAUCAGACGCCGUGGAUCUAAGGACCUGCUGAAGGUGUGUGUGCUGAUGGAGGGCAACGAGGGAGCGGUGGAGGAUGGUCAGCCCGUUCCCUUACAGAUCUAUGACAUCCCGUACGAGGGAAGCGGCGACAGCGACAAGACGGCGGUCACGAGGCCCGAGCUGGACCCUCGUCCCUCCACCGAGUACGAGCUGCCCUGGGAGUGGAGGAAGGAGCACAUCGUCAGAACUCUAUCAGCACAGUUUGACAGCGCUGAUCGCCCAGCCAAAGAUGAGACGACUCACCCUACGCUCACCAGACAGCCGCAGCAUCCAGCAGCCCAGCCGCCACAGCAGCAGCAUCAGCAUCUGAGGCAGAAGAGCUGGACGCAGAAGAUCCUGAGAUCCUCUCCUCCCACCAUGCCGCCGCCCUCCUCUCCCAGUCCUGAGGCCGAGGCCUGCUGCGUUGACCCCUCCCUGCCACUGGAGAAGCAAAGCUGGUACCACGGCUGUGUGACUCGCCACGAGGCGGAGUUUCAGCUGCUGUCCUGCAGAGAGGCCAGCUUCCUGGUCAGGAACAGCGAGUCGGACAACAGCAAGUACUCCAUCGCCCUCAAGACGAGCCAGGGCUGCGUUCACAUCAUUGUCGCCCAGACAAAAGAGAACGGCUACACCCUGGACCAGAGCAGCUGCGUGUUCCCCAGCAUCCCAGAGGUGGUGCAUCAUUACUGCACCCAGCGCCUGCCUUUCAACGGCGCCGAGCACAUGACCCUGCUGCACCCGGUGCCCCGCAUCCACUGACUCUACCGGCUUAGGUAGAGAACAGAACAAACACACCUCUGGGCAUGCAUGGAGCUAAAAACACAAAAAACAUCACCUCUGAUCAGUGAAACCUUCUACUGCUGUCCCCCCUUUGUUAUUUAUCUGUACAAGCCUUCUUUAUGUGUUGCCUUUUAUUUGAUCAUGGAAAUGUUUGUGACUCACUCCGUGUCUAGAAACUCUGGAUGGCUUCCUCUUUCUUUGUUUUACUCUGAUGCAGCAGCUGAUGCAAAACAUCCCGGCUGCUGUUUUGCAUGUGAACAAGCUCGGCAGAGAUGACGAGGCACUUCUACUGAUUAAAUGUGACUCGGAUCGGGACGCAUGAUGUUUUAAUCAGCCGCUACGCCUAUAUUAAAAGCUACACAUGGUAUCUUUUUUUUUGUGUUACUCAGUGAAAUUCUCAAUGAAUGAUGGAGUCAGAAUUUGUGGCUCCACUUCCCCCUCUGGUGGACGUGCUGGUACACUGCAGUAACAAGACAUUUCUCCCUAAAAUUGUUUAAAAAAAAAAAAAAAAAAAGAGCAUAUCCUUCCACUUGGAAAGACAUGAACAAACAGCAGUUAUUUCACGUGUAUCCUGCAGCGUAUUUCUAAUUUAUGCUCCUGCGCUCGUUAGUUUUGGGUAAACCGCUGUCCCCUUGAGGAUUUCCUGUGUUUUACUGUGAACGAGGGGACACUGUUUCCAUUGUGUUAUCUGCUGCACUGUGAAGAGCGACUGAUUCACCCUGAUGCAAUGUGCUCGAAGGAAAGAAGAGGCUACGUUUAGUUUCCAGUUUGAUUCUUGGAAGUGUCUUGCAAAAAUAAUCCUGCAAAUGCCGUGUGAUUUGUGGGAAAAAAACAUCAAAUUAAUCUCCGAAUGCAGAUCAUUUACAGAUAAAAGUGCGAGAAAAGAAAGGAAGAUUCUCCCUCGGGGACGUCAUGCCUCCUGGUGCUAAGCUACAAUAUAUUAUAUUCACUUUUUAUGUAUUUCUAAAUGGCAUUUGGCGAGUUGUGUUAAUUCCUAAUUUGCGGGAAAUCGUGUUGGGUAACUUUGAUCUGCAGCAAAGUCUGAUAUUACUGUAAAAUAUAGUCUUACAAACUGGUGUUGUACAGUCUUGGAGGUCUGCCAUUCACAUGUCUCUUCAAAGAUUUUAUGGGAUGCCAGUUUCUUUCAGAGCAGAAGUAAUCCGAGGAGACACACCUGCUAUACGUUUUUUGUAUCGCUGUCUUUUCAUAGCCCCCCAUUGUUCAAACACUGUAAAACGGAUUCUAAUCUAAAAGCAGAGAUCCUGAAUUGCUCAUCGCUGGAGAUCCCCGUUGAAGCCAUCUCUGAUCCCAAUAAAUCAACAACACAAGCAGCAAAAUGUGAGGGUGUCUGUGUCACCGAUGAUCAAAGCAUCCGAGAGCCUCCCCGAGGAGAAAGCCUCAGCAAAGAGGCUGGAAUGACUGAAUCAGGGCAUUUGAUGAAUCUUUAACUGAUUGUGGUUUGGGCAGUUUGGUAAUUUGAAAGUCUAAGUGUUCUAUUCUCGCUAAAAGGGGAUAGAAUAUUAUUCCGGGUUAGUACGAAAAGGUUAGGGCCAAAGGUCUAGUGGGGAGAUUAGGUUUAGCCGAGGAUCGCGUUGAGGACAAACGGCUCACGUACUCGCAACGAGCACCCCGGCCUGCGCCGUGUGUGGAUCUGAGGUAAAUGCGGCACUAAAAACAGACAAAGAGUAAGAGUAGUAUCAUUACACCCCAUGUCAAGGACGCCUAAUGUGAAGGAAAAGAACAGAAUACCCGACACCAUCCCUCUCUCCUUCCUCCCUUUUCUUACGUAUCGCUCUCCUUCCUCACUCGGAUGUCACCCGGUUUCUCCUCGAGUCUCGGGGUGAACGCUGCCGCACUUCGCUUCAGUUUGGUGUCAAGAGUUUGUGCUUUAAUUUUUGAAGGCAAGGCACCCACAGGUUAGGUUUCAUUAGGCUAAAACCGCAGAUUACUUUCAGUGUUCUCACCAAUGUUUGGUUACCUCAUGGAUAACCGUUUGCAGCUACCUUUUGAAGGAGGUGGCUGGUGUCAGGUGACGUAUACCUGCUUAGCUACAAGAGAUAAACCUGUUUUUAGUAGGAGAUGUAGAAAAAUAAUCAAGUAAAACAGAACAAUAUAGUUGCAAAUUCUGCAUUCAAAGCUUCCCAUAGAUGCUAAAAAUACCAAAAGUAAAAGUACUCAGUGUGCAGAAAACACAGACAAGUUGGGCACAAGGUGAAUCUGGGGAGUUUUGAGUUUAAAAAGAAGACGUUCCUCCUCAUUUUAAAUGGCUGUUUGGAUGAAAGUGUCUGAGAAGUUUAGAGAAGAAACGUCUCCUUGGUGGAAGAGUGUGGCCACAUGCUAAAUAAGUUCCUGAUUUAAUCUUUGACACUGCUGUAUUUUUAAAGCUAAUCUUAUGUUUUUUUAAUCCUAAACCUCAAUCUUUAAUGCAGUGGAGCAGAAGUGUAAAGAAGCAUAAAAUAUUCAGAAUAGUUAAAGGAGAACUUUGAGGAAACGUAUUUUCCACCACCAAAGCCUGGGUCUUUAUGGAUUCGGAGUGGCAGAGCGUUUGUAACUCACGCUGCAGCCAUAAGGCCUCCCUGCGCUCUUCCAUCAAGAUGGAUUUCAUGAACCUGAGGAAAGCGGGCCUUCUCAAAUUCUACCCAAGACAGGCCGAGCUACACCUGGAAAGGAAUUAAUCAUCAGAUGAUACAGACCCCGAGCCACCUAUGCCGCUGCAUACUUGAAUGAAUAAUUUCAUUUUGCCCUCACGUGCAUGCCACCCUACUCUCGUGCAAUUGUUGCCCACUCUUAUUCUUGCAUGACAGCUUGACGGGAUCGCCGCCCGGCUCCGCUUGAUGGACGUGGUGGCUUGACAUCUGGGUGUCGCUUGACCUGCUCUGUUGGUAACCGAAGUGUUCCUGUCGUCCUUAUCAGAUGCUUCAGGCCCGGUGCCAUUGACAUGGGCCGGCUUUGUGUUGCUCAUCUCCUCUCCUCACACUGGCAGCACCUGCCAUGUGUGAUCCAUCAUCAGGGACUCUUGUCUUUUAGCUGGAAACGGCUCAGUCGGUAAGGUCAGGCGUGCUCUUAGAUACUGCUUGCAGGAGCCAUUGACUGACCCGGUGCCGUUGGAAAGGCCAUGUGACUGAGAAUUAAGUAACCGCUCCGGAGCAUACCUGACGGAGGACGUCUGUCAGGGCCUGAUUCACUGCUCGUACGCUUCGGCUCCAGGCCUGUAAUUUACCAGGCAAACACAGGCUUUCGUACCUGUGCUGCACAAAGUAAGACAGAAUCAGCACAUUGUAAAAAGACAAAACAAAAAAACCCAAUACCCCAUCCAAACUUUUACAUUUCUUUCAAAAAAUGUGUAGAAAUAUCUGUAAAAUUGAAGAUGCUGUCUUUAAAUUAACAACCCAACAGCUGUUCAGUUACUCCAAUGAUGCCAAAUUAGACGCAUUUCUCACUUUUAUACAGUAUUUAUGUAAAAAAUUUUCCCCCUGCUGUCUUAAAUUACAUACAAAUUUACAUAAAAUAGCGAUAAUGAUCUAUUAUUGACCAUGUUGCUCCAUAUAUGAAGGUUUAUACUAUUAAUUUAACCUCCUUCCUUGUAAUUUAAAGGUAAACUCUUAAGCCAAGUUUUCUCAUUGCAUCCAAUAUAAUGCUUUUUUUUUUUUCUCCAAAGAUGCACUGCUCUUGAGGUUGAAUUUUUCAGACAUGUUGUGGUCCUCCGGUGUUAGAGUUUUUUUUGGGUGGUACGUUUGCUUAGUUGUCUUAAUUGGAUAGAAGGCAGCCUUUGGAGUCUUGUGUUGUCGCCUCUCUUGCUGCUGGAGCUCAUGACUGCUCUUCUUUUUGCAGGUAAAUAUUUUCUACAGAUUUUUGUUGUUGCUGUUCAUUAUAGAAAUAAAAACUCCUAUAGCAAAGUUAUGUUAUGUUACAGAAAGUUUCAUGUGAACAAAUUCAAUAAAACUGUUUUGGAAUCAG